AACGGUGAAGAUUCGCUUAUGAUUGAAAAAUCGAACGACGCAGAGCCGACUCAGGAUGAGGAAUGAUGGUGGUGUCUGAUUCCAAUGUCUUCACGACUCAAGAACAAUACCCAAAAUAUUCCAAUCGAUCGAUCAAAUUGGAAUUAGGGUUUCACAUUGGAUUGAAAUGGAUUACGCUACAGAAUUUUCCAUGGAUCGUCGUCCUCGAAAAAGAGCUAAAUUGGCUUGGGAACUUCCUCAAACCCACUCAAAGGCUCAUUCGGGGAUGUAUUAUGGACAAGAGUUUGCUAAUGUGACAACAAGCUAUGGGACGUUGAGGGUACUUCCUGACCAAGGUGGUCUGUCGAUAAAAGGAUUGGCGGAAAAAGGUUCUCCUCAAUGGCGAGAGGAUGAUAAAGAUGGACAUUACAUGUUUGCGCUUGGGGAAAAUUUAACUUCUCGGUAUAAGAUCCUCAGGAAAAUCGGUGAAGGGACUUUUGGUCAGGUUUUGGAAUGCUGGGACAGAGAAAUGAGGGAGGUAGUUGCUAUAAAAGUUGUGAGGAGUAUAAAGAAAUAUCGUGAAGCAGCAAUGUUAGAAGUUGAUGUGCUCCAGUUGCUUGGGAAGUAUGACAGGAAUGGCAAUCGCUGUGUUCAAAUACGCAACUGGUUUGACUACCGGAACCAUAUUUGUAUUGUAUUUGAGAUGCUUGGACCAAGCUUAUAUGAUUUUCUCCGGAAGAACAAUUAUCGCCCGUUUCCGGUUGAUCUUGUCCGCGAGCUAGGAAGACAAUUGUUGGAAAGUGUAGCUUUUGUACAUGAUAUGCGCCUCAUCCACACUGACUUGAAGCCUGAGAAUAUACUUUUUAUUUCCGCAGAAUAUGUAAAAGUGCCUGACUACAAGGUCAUGUUCCGGUCGCCAAAAGAGGGAGCCUCUUAUAAAAGACUGCCAAAAUCAAGUGCUAUUAAGGUUAUUGAUUUUGGUAGUACUGCUUAUGAGCACCAAGAUCACAACUAUAUCGUCUCUACUAGGCAUUAUAGGGCCCCUGAGGUUAUUCUUGGACUUGGUUGGGGUUUUCCUUGUGACAUAUGGAGUAUUGGUUGCAUUUUGGUUGAGUUGUGCUCGGGAGAAGCUUUGUUUCAGACGCAUGAGAAUUUAGAGCAUCUAGCUAUGAUGGAGAGGGUUUUAGGCCCAAUGCCUCAGGACAUGUUGAAAAGAGCAGACCGCCCCGCAGAGAAGUAUGUCAGAAGAGGUAGACUUAACUGGCCCGAAGGAGCAGUCUCCCGAGAAAGCAUCAAAGCUGUCUUGAAACUACCCCGUCUUCCUAAUCUGGUGAUGCAGCAUGUGGAUCACUCGGCUGGGGAUCUUCUUGAUCUUUUGCAGGGUCUACUUCGGUUUGACCCCAUGAGCAGGAUGAAGGCUCAUGAAGCACUCAGGCAUCCCUUUUUUACUGGGGGGCAUUACCAGAGGUAUUAAAUAUACGGUUCAUCACGUCAUUGGCAAUAGAUAACUGGCUGUUGUGUUGUGUUUGGCUAUAGAUAACUGCAACAUUUGUAAUGGUAAGUUUUCUUUUCGUUGUGGUUUUUUUUUCUUUCCUUCUUGAUAUAUAAUGCUCCAAGUUUAGGGGGUUUAUUACCCCCUUUGUAUUUGCUUAGAUUUGUAGAUAAAUUUAUUGUCUUAAGAAUCUUUCUCCAUCUCCAUUUUUGUACCAUUGAAAUGUAAUUAUAACCAUUUUACUUUUGAUACAAGUAUUUGUUUGACCA